GUUACUCGCUCUCAAACUAUGGCGGCCAUGUUGUAUCCGCGCCCGCGGGGGACUGGAGGGUGUUCGGAACCGAGUCUGUCUUCAGUCGGGUCUAUAUGGUGGGGCUCUCGGGCUUGAACUCGUCUUGGUUUUACACCGUAACAGAUCUACACUCCUCACCAUGAGCCGUCCGUCCUCUGCGGGUGGUGCGGCCGGAGGACUCGGAGCUUGUAAAGCAGGAGGAAGUAAGCAUGGAGGUUCUGGAGGAACAACCGCCGCCGCCGCUGGGGUAUCGGGCUCUGUCGCGGGCACUUGUACGGUGUCCGCGGCCGCUGUAGCCCUUCCAACCGCUGUCCUACCAGGACAGUCAGCCGAACUGACAGCACUGUUUGAGUGCCCGGUGUGUUUCGACUACGUGCUGCCCCCGAUCUUGCAGUGUCAGGCUGGGCAUCUGGUGUGUAACCAGUGUCGACAAAAGCUCAGCUGUUGUCCGACUUGUCGCGGCCCUCUCACGCCGAGCAUAAGGAACUUGGCAAUGGAAAAAGUUGCAUCUACUCUGCCGUUUCCGUGUAAGUAUGCCUCAGCUGGAUGUCUGCUGUCCCUUCACCACAGCGAGAAGCCGGAGCAUGAAGAAGUCUGUGAGUUCCGCCCCUACACCUGCCCAUGCCCCGGGGCUUCCUGUAAAUGGCACGGCUCCCUGGAGGCCGUCAUGCCACAUCUCAUGCAUGCCCACAAAUCCAUUACCACCUUACAGGGUGAGGACAUAGUCUUUCUUGCCACGGAUAUUAAUCUACCGGGGGCUGUGGACUGGGUCAUGAUGCAGUCAUGUUUCGGCCACCACUUCAUGCUGGUUCUAGAGAAGCAGGAGAAAUAUGAGGGACACCAGCAAUUCUUUGCCAUCGUGCUGCUCAUUGGCACGCGAAAGCAAGCUGAGAACUUUGCCUACCGCCUCGAGUUGAACGGCAACCGUAGGCGACUCACGUGGGAGGCCACGCCGCGCUCGAUCCACGAUGGCGUAGCAGCAGCCAUCAUGAACAGUGACUGUCUUGUGUUUGAUACCUCUAUUGCCCACCUGUUUGCAGACAAUGGCAACCUGGGUAUCAAUGUGACCAUCUCCAUGUGCUGAGGUGGCAGCGUAAGGCUUUAUCCAGUGACCCAAACCUUGGACAACCUCUGCUCCCUAUCAGACUGCAGGUUCUGAAGACAGCAGUUGGGAGAUGUAUACAUUUGUGUGUAUUUCAGCUCAAGAGUCAUCCACUAAAACAGCGCACACUUUCCAGAUUCACAAGUAGGUUAGUUUGCCAGGUUAGGAUGACAAGAGUCCUUCUCGAGAUGAAGGGGGGAGUGCGCAGGUGUUAGCAGUCCAUAGGUGCAAUUGAGAAUUUCUUUUGCACACCCCAAGGAUUAAAAAAACACCAACUUUCUGAUUACACCUUCAGUAGAAGUGUGGAUGAACACCUUCACAUAAUCAAAAUGCUAUCUUGGGAAUAGUCUAGGCAUGAAGGUGUAACAUUUGCCUCAGAAGCUUAUAAAACUUAUGUUGUACAAAACUGCACUGACUACUUUUCGUCUUUGAAUAUUGAGUGAAACCGUGGAAAUUGUACAUGGCGAUGUUAAUGGUGAUCCUCUGAAUUUCAUGGUUGUAUAUUGGCUUGAUAAAACAAUGCCCAUGGUGGAAAUACAGUGUGCAUGGUGGAAAUAAAAUUCACUUGCAAAAAUGAGUACAUAGCCACCAUGUUUUAAAGACAAGAAUCUGACCUCUUUCACUGUUUUUUCCUUUCUUCCCUUCUUUUUUUAAAUACCAUAUUUGUUGUCAAUGUUGCAAUAUGUAAUGUGGACAAUAUUUAAUUUUAUGGUCCUUAUCCAGAGGAGAGAACUGGUUUGUGAUCAACACAGAUAUAAGCUCCAUAAAAUGACAGAACUACAGCCAGCCAUUUCAAAUUUUGUUGCCCAUGAUCUAAUGCCACACAUUUUCAUGGAUAUAUUUGUAUUAUACUUGAUUUCUUUUUUUUUUUUUUAAAGAUUGUUGGCCUAUAAAUGAUAAAUCUGUAUUUAAUUGCCCUCAUUUUCUAACACUUAUAUGUGGACCACCAAAGGAGAAGUUAAGUUGAAUAAAUGCAGACCAUACAACCUGUGCUCUUUACUUCAAGUCUUUUGAAGCCAUAUUAUAGCUUUAAGGCAGAGACUUGAAAUGUAUGGCUUUUUACUGAAAAUAUCUAAUUGUAUGAAAAAGAGCUGCUCACACAUUUUGCUAGAUGACUUCUAUACAGGUUUCAAUAACAAGGUGAGGAAAUUACAACAUUUUCAUUUAACUAUUUCUUUUAUACAUGUGUUUGAUCUUUGCUUUUUACCGUACUUUGUCUAGUCAACAGUGACUGUAUGUAAAAGAUUUAGCCUGUGCACAAACACAACCUGUUAUUUACUUGUUGAUAAAAGUGUCCGCAUUUAAUUGGUUUUGUUGUCUUUGUAGUUUUUCCUACAUUAUAUUUGAGGUUAUCUUUAAGGUAUUUUAAAAGAAAAGCUUUCGUAAAAAUAUAAACCACUUUAGUUUUGUUGGUAUUUGUUGUAACUGUUAUGUCUCUUACAAAAUGAUUGUUUAGUCUAGCUUUGUUUACUCUAGUUCUUUAAAACCCAGUAAGAUCUGAGCAAUUUCUCACUCUCCUCUUUGGUCAAUGAACCCACACAAUGCCUUACUUGUAUACAAACUCAGUCUUUAGAGUCUACCGCCUUCAAGGACUCUGUGUCAAGUUCAGGUCACUAUCCUCCAAACCUCUAGUGACUUGAAAGAGACUUCCAUUUUUGAGUGGGAAGGACAUGCCGCAUCAUUCUAAUUUGCCCCCAAAACCUGCUGCAGUACCAGUUUCACUUACACUGUUCAAGUACGGAACCCAGCCUCUUUUCAAAUACCUCUGAUGACUUUGGAGAUGUCUGUGCGAGAAGAGCAUUGAUAUCCCUGAAUGUGGUUGGCUCUGUCAAGAGAUCUCAAGAUUGAUGCAUAACUGACACUCUCAGCUCUUCAUGUCUGCUGUUUUACUCGUUCUGAAAAGUAAUUUAAAAAUGUAAAUUAAAUGUUUUAUAAAUCUGUUGUUGAGCAAA